UGCAGGAAAAAAAAAAAAAAAAACUACGAAAAAUUUGUUAUUUUAAAAUAAAAGUGAAAUGCGUUUCAUAUCUAUAAGUGCUCACGUUCCGGUAUACGUUUUAAUAGAGAUAGGUAGUGACAUCACUUUGUGUCAGGAUUUCGUAAAUGUAAACAGAACUGGCAGAACAACCACUGUUGAUCAGCAGAUCGGAGAGAUAUAGUAUAGAAUGGCAGAAGAUGCAAGCAGUAGCCCCAGUCUUCUGAAUAAGAUAUAUAUGUUUAAGAGAGAGGGACCAGCAGCGACACUGCCACGGAUCUCCAAUGACUGUGAUUUCCAACCAGUUAGAAAUGGCAUUGAUGCAAACGUGAUAGAACUAGAUGAUGAUGAUGACGAGGUGAAGCCGUUUCAGCGUAAGAAGAUUACUUAUUGUAUAAUAGAUGAUGAUGAUGAUGACGACAUCCAAGAGAUACCUAUCGAGCCAGUACCAUCAGUUUCUGAAAAACAAGAGGUUAUUACUGUAGAGAAUGGGGUAGAACCUGAGGCUGUUGAUGGCAUACAACCUGAGGCUGUUGAUGACAUACAUGAAAAACAAGUAAGCCUUGACUUCCUGGAAGAUGCAUUUCCCACUAAAGAUAAAAUGGAAUUACAAGAUGCCCUUGCACGCAGCAACUGGAAUGUGGAGCAAGCAAUGGCCAGACUCUGUGAAGAGAAGUUUUCUGAUACAGCUAAAAGAAAAAAUGAUGAUGAACUGCAGCGCAAGAAAGUUAAGAAAGCAAAGAAAAACUAUAGGGAUAUUGAAGACAGGACAUCUGAUGUUGAUGAUGAAGAUGCCCAGCCAUUCAAGAGAAGGUUAUUUGAUAGUGAUGAUUCUGAAACUGAAACAACUGAUGUGAGUAACCAUGACAAGAAGAAAGUCCUGGAGUUUUUGUCAACGGCGACAAUUCCUGAACUGAAAGCUAUGUCAUACUGUUCGCAGAAGAAGGCAGAGGCAAUUAUUGAGCAGCGCCCUUUCAGUAGUUGGAGUGAUCUCGUUGAAAAGUUUCAGAGUGGAAAACACCUUGGUACAGAGUUACUGAAUUCUGCACAGGAUAUCUUAAGUACCCGCAGGGAAGUGAAGGAACUAAUGAAGAGAUGUGUAAAACUUGCCAAAAAGUUAGAAAAAGCUGUGCUUGAAGGUGCUACUGGCAUAAAGGAGCAGCCAGAAUUGUUAUCAGAUGGUCUCAAGCUAACAGCUUAUCAGAUGGUUGGCCUAAACUGGUUAAUGGUUCUACACAAUCAGAAGGUCAAUGGAAUUUUGGCUGAUGAAAUGGGACUUGGAAAAACUGUCCAAAUAAUUGCAUUCCUAGCACAUCUCAAGAAACUUGGGAUCGCACAAAAUGUUCCUCACUUAAUAAUAGUACCUUCCUCAACUCUAGAUAAUUGGAGCAAUGAAUUUGAAAGAUGGUGUCCAUCUUUACGUGUUGCUGUUUAUUAUGGACAUCCUGAUGAAAGAAGACUAAUGCGUGUUAAGUGGAUCAAGGGUGGCAUGGAUGACGUUGAUGUUGUAAUAACAACGUAUACAGUCCUAAACAGUUCACCUGAAGAGAAAAAACUGUUCCGAGUGUUAGAAGUAAACUAUGUCAUACUAGAUGAAGGUCACAUGUUAAAAAAUAUGACAACUCAGCGAUUUGAAACACUGAUGAGGAUAAAUGCGAGGAGAAGAGUAUUGCUGACUGGCACCCCAGUGCAAAAUAAUUUAGUGGAACUUAUGUCGCUGUUAACAUUUUUAAUGCCAAAUAUGUUUGCUGGAAGAAAAGAGGAUUUAAAAAAGAUAUUUUCAAAAGGGCAGAAACAAGCUGCAGAAAAUGAAAAGAAAGACCAGCAACCACAAUUUGAGCAACAACAGAUUGCACAAGCACGAAGAAUCAUGAAACCAUUUCUACUGAGGCGACUGAAAUCUGAGGUAUUGAAAGACCUCCCCAAAAAGACUGAAUCUCUCGUGAUGUGUCCCAUGAAUAAAAACCAGAAAAUUAUGUAUGAUAACCUGGUUAAAGCCUUCUCAAAAGCUGCAACAGAGACUGAUUUAUCGGAGGGCAAUGAGGGGGACGGUCUGAGUGGAAUAGGUAUGACAAUGGAUCUGCGUAAAAUGGCAAAUCACCCUCUGUUGUUACGGUAUAAUUACACUGACGAACAGCUGAAAAGUAGUGCUGCAUAUCUUGCUCGUAACCCAUCAUAUAAAGGGGAUAAGGAAGAUGUCAUCUUUGAAGACCUAGCAUGUAUGUCAGAUUUCCAACUGCAUCAAUUGUUCAUAGAGUUCAAGGAGCUUUCCAAGAAUGCAUUACCUACUGAAUUAUUCUUUGAGUCUGGAAAGUUUGAAAAGUUUGAUGAAAUCCUGCCUAAUCUGAAAAGUGAAGGCCACAGGGUACUGAUUUUUAGUCAGUUUGUGAUCAUGUUGGAUGUUAUGGAAGAGUACUUGAGACUUCGAGAUUAUUCAUACCUCCGUCUUGAUGGAAGUACCCAAGUAACAUUUAGGCAGGAAUUAAUCAAUACAUUUAAUGAAGAUGACAGUAUCUUCGUCUUUCUUCUGUCAACACGAGCUGGAGGGAUGGGGAUAAAUCUAACUGCAGCUGACACAGUAAUUAUCCAUGAUAUUGAUUUCAAUCCAUACAAUGAUAAACAAGCUGAGGAUAGGUGUCACCGUGUAGGGCAGUCAAGAGAUGUGACAGUAAUUAGAUUAAUUAGUGAGGGAACUAUUGAAGAAGGAAUGCUCCAAAUAGCACAGGAGAAACUUUCAUUGGAACGACAGAUCAAUAGUGAAGAUAAUGUUGCAGACAGCAAGAACGUAGUUUGUUUAUUGAAACAAGCACUUGGACUGGAAGUGAGGACUGCUGGCAAAUAAUUUAUACAUGCUUAAAUAAAGCGGUGCAUAGCUUUGUUUGCAGUUUUUGUUGAUGACUGCUUGUGGAAGGAAAGGCAUGUGUUACUGGUGUGAAUGGAGUAAUUAUGAGUCAAUGUGCAUUGUGGGGAUGUAAUAUAUUCCAUAGUGUCGAGACAACAGGAUUAUAUAAUUAUCGCCAGAUGGUGAAUAAGUGGCAGAGCAUUUAUGUAUGUCUUGUUUACCAAUAAUAUGAUGAUGAUUUCCUAAAUGAGAAAAUUUGGCAUGGGGGCAAAUAUAUAUGUCAAAUAAUAAUCUGUUCCUUUAACAAGAAACUUUUAGGCAUCGAAUUUUAAGUUGAAAGGAAUGGCUACCUGAUGUUAGGUGAAGCUGUACUUUCUGAAAUGUGAUACGCUUUACUUACUCUUUUACUUAACAUUUUAACUCUCUUGCAGAGGUUUGAUAUCCAUUUUCAGUAUUAAGAACCUACAAACUGUAUUGUAAAGAGGGCACAUUCAGUUCUACUUUUGUUAUAAUUAUUUAUAAUUUUGUUUUCCUUCAGAAAUAUCUGUUAUGAAGUCUGUAUGGUGUCACACAUAGUUGUAAUUAAAUUUUUUCUCUAUUUGUACAUAUACUAUUUCAUGUGGAGUUUUUGUCAGUCAUUAGAAUCAUUUUUGUAUAAUGGAAAGAGUAUGGGUAACAACUUACUGUACAGUUGAGGGGCACAUGAACGACUGAAGUGCAGCUAAAUUUCCUGAUGAAUCCAAAUCCUUCUUUAGAGCUAAUACAGAACACAUACACCUUUCAACUACAUUGUGCAGGCAUUGUGGUUUGACUGUGGUGAGGUACUGUGUCAGGUGUUUUGCGCACACAAACCUCUCACCCCAGUUGAGUUCCAGCAUAAUGUGCUGUGUGUGUGUGUGUGUGUGUGUGUGUGUGUGUGUGUGUGGGAGAGAGGGGGGGGGGAAUUCAUAAGGGGGAUUCAUCCGGAAGCUUAACGAUGUUUGCACUCUUGUUUUGAGAUGUUACCAUUACUCCUUCGAGUAUUUCCACCAAUGACUUUCCAUUUUUAAGUAUUAAACAGGAAAAGUAAACAGUGAAAGCCAUAGAUAAAAUAAUAGAUAAAAAUGGCAAUAUUAAACAAAUUGCAGAUCUUGGCAGAACCAGUGGUGUCAUAAUUGAACUAUGUGUUGAACUGGUCAAAGAUAGAUACAUUUUUUUAAAUAUUGGAGAAUAAGAGGAUAUAAAAUAAAGAUGGUAGGUGAAAGGAGAAGUCACUCAAAUCUCUUAAGUCAAGCAAUUAAUACAGGGUUUAACAUAGAACAAAAUGAUGUGGAGAGUCCUGAUUUCAGAAACUUUGGAUUCAAUGUUAGCUUUUUUGUAUUACUGUUGGUUGUACCAUAUGUUCCAUUGUUGUCAAUUAUAAACAUCUUGUGUGUCUUUAAUCUAACUUGUAUUAUUAAAAGAGCCAAAGAACUAUCAGUCCAAGUGUACAUACCACAGUAUCUAUGUACAUACCAAAGUAUUUGUCUCUCAAGAACAAACUGUUUAGAACACAAAUGAUGGUAGUGAAGGUUUCUUGUGGACAUAGUGAAGAACAGUUCUAUAUUAAGCUGGAAAAUAUUGUACUUAAAAUUUUGAGACAGAAUGACUAGCCCAUACUUACUGUUCCCCAGGAAGCAAAAUUCUUAAUACUUCUAAUGGACACAAGAAAGUGAGGAACUGAACUAAUCUUGGAACUAUUAGUUCUGGGGCAGAAUUAGAGACAGACUGGGGAAGAAUAGAAAGGAAGGGCAUGUCACUGACCUCAGGAUUUAAGGGGCUAACUGUAGCAAGGACAAAGUAUGGAAGAAAUCAUGCACAUUGUAUUUGAGUCAAUGAAGCAUUGUGGCUUUGAUGAAUGGUUUUGUAUUGGUACCAACAGUCUAGAUGUAUGUGACAUAUUUUGUCUUUGGUGAACAUGGAAAUAUCAUACUUCAGUGAACCGAGGAUUACUUAUUUAAACUUCUUGCAAAAAUCAAAAGACAACAUUGGUUCAGUUAGUACUGUUAAUUUUGUAUAAAGUCAGUCUUUAUAAGAAAUGUUUGCUUUUUAAAUUUAAUACUUCUUUCUGUUAAAAUGGUACUGCUAGUCACAGGCAUGGCACUUAUCACAAGAAGAGGAAGAAGGCUUUUUGCCAAACUGAAAACACAAAUUCAUGUGACAACUGAAAUUCUCCUAUGUAAUAGCUGUUGUGUUGCAGGGACCUGACUGUUGCAUAUUUUGUUUUUCAUAAAUAAAUGCCAUUUUCUGAUGA